UGCCCGGGCACAAAUAUCGACCACAUCCCCUGUUGAAGAGACAGAUCAAGCAUCAGGGUGAAAAAUAUAUCUACAAAUAUCAUAAAAUCUACGACACAUAAAUAAUCAAAUAUGGGGGUAGUGGACGGCUUUAAAUCGGCGAGCAUAUUCGGAAAGAUAGCUUUCAUAUUGCUUGCAGUCGCUAGUUUUUGCAUUAUCAUUGCGUUCACUUGUACUGGAUGGGGAGAAAGUAACGAGAACGCUGGUGGUGGGUUCCAAAUGCACUGGGGACUGUGGAGAAGAUGUACCGAAGAGGAAACUAGCACUUCACCAUGUAGUCCACUUGAUGGAUGGGCAAACGAUUGGUGGGCAUUUGCUCAAGCCGCCAGUUGCUUCGGUUUCUUUGGAAUACUGGUUUCAUUUUUCCUAGUUAUCUUAUACCUGUUUGUGGAUUCAUGCAAGGGCAAUGGAGAGGUAGCCACUGGUGCAGCAAUCCUCUGCCUAGUAACAGGUGUGAUUCAACUCAUCGGUUGCAUCGUGUUUGGCGUGGAGUUUGAUGAUGUGUACUAUGAUAGAACUGUCGGAGGGGUUAGGUUGGAAUACUGGCUAUCAUAUGCCUUUGGCAUGGCUAUUGUUGCCGCUCUUCUAGAAAUUGUUGCCGGAGUUCUUUUAAUUUUGGAAUGUAAGAAAGGAGGGGGCACCUCCGCCUCUGGAUAGAUAAACAAUUGAUUAUAAGUUUUUUUACCAAUUAAAAUUUGACAAAACUGACAAAAAAAAAAGAGAGGAAAAUCCAUAAAACGAAGAAAGACUCUAGUCUUUUGAAAUGAUAAGCUUGCUGAAACACAAUUUGCCUUCAUAGUUACUUUUACAUAAUUAAUACAUGUAGAUUUUUUUUUACAGUAUUGCAAAUAAUUUAUUUUUGUAUUUAUUAUUAUUAUUUAUUAUUGUGUUUAAUUUGUCGAUCUGUAUAAAACAAGUUCAAAUAUUGA